ACCACAAUGGCACCUGGAAUGACUGUGGUUGUCAAUACACUAAGCUAUUCAUCUGCUAUGCAGUAAAAAGGAAGUUCCAUGCUGUGAACAACGCAAUGACUUGGCUCUCGGCUCUUCAGCACUGCAAUUCCUAUUACAAUGGCCUGGCCACCAUCCGAAGUGGAAGAGAAGAGUGGCAUUUGCUGAAGCACCUCAAUGAAGCCAACAUACAGGAGAAAGUGUGGAUUGGAAUGAGGAGCUCCAUGAUCUUUGGACACUGGUUCUGGAUGAAUGAUGACCCAAUCACUUACCAAAACUGGGUAAAUCACACGUCAGAGGGCAUUCAAGACACUUGUUUCUGUACCAGCCUGGAUCCGAAUCAGAAGAAGUGGGUCAGGCAGGCCUGUGCAGAACGAGCUCCAUUUGUCUGCUAUACAGAGAACUAGCAUGGCAAAGAUUGAUUCUAUCCUCUCAGAUGGCUGUAAGAUGGGAGGACAGAUCAUCCACGACAGACUGACUCUGUAGGACACUUGACGCUCUUCUGAGAACUGCCAAUGCAAGAUAUAUUUAACAGCUUUGCUUUUAAAACAUUCAAGGAUUUCCAGCUGUGUUUUCCACAAAACAGAAUUUACAUUCACUCAUGAAAGCCAUUUAUACCACUCAAGCAUUUAUCUAAACUCUUAA